AUGGAACCCUUCACAGCUGUCGGACUUGCUGGUAACAUUGUGGAGUUCAUCAGUUUUUCCUACCAAAUUAUUUCUGGUGUGAAGAAGUUACUUGACAACCCAAAUGGAACAAGCCCAGAAAACCAGCGUCUGAGUGAUUUCUUGGAAGAUCUCAAUGCUGUCACUCAGGGUCUAAUGACAGACCUGCACGCCAAGACCGAAAACGAGAAGCAGCUCUGUGCGUUGGCUGCGAAUUGCCAUGAAUUAUCGACAGAGCUAUAUCAAAUUCUCCGUAGUUUGAGGGUGGGUGACAAUAAAUCGAAAUGGGAGGCCAUAAUGGUGAUGUGGUCCAGUAUGCGGAGGGAGAAGGAAAUUGAGACGAUCGAGCGGCGGCUGCACGGAUAUCAGUCGCAGAUCUUGAUCCGGCUGCAGAUUAUGUUUAGUCAGGAAACCGAUCAUCAAAAUUCUCUGAUUAAUAGCCGAUUGGAAGCUAGUUUGAAGGAGGGAAAAUUACUUCAAAAUCGGACGAGCUCUCACCUUGAAGAAUUACUUCAGACGAUCCUCGGGUUGGUAACUUCACUGGAGUCAAAUGCACCAGCAGGCAAGCUGGAUGGACCGGAACAGGCACUCCUGGCCCAGUUGGGAUCCUCAAUAUCUGAAUUUCAGGGCAUGACAAACUCGUUAUCACGAGAGAAUAAGAUCCUACAGCAACUGGCCUUUCCAUCGAUGUACAAUCGUGAAGGUAGCAUCGAGAGUCCCGAGAGUGGGACUUUCGCAUGGAUGAUUGAUGAGACCUACCAACCUAGAGAUGAUGAUGGUGAAGAGUCCGAUGUGGAGUGGGACGAGUCAGACGAGAUUUACAAAAAGCGCGAGCAGCGCCGGCUAUAUCGCAACGAGAAAAAGAAACAGGAGGUUUUGCGACGGAGCACUCGUGAGAGUUUUCUCACCUGGGUUGAAACCGGCCGACACAUAUUUCACAUUUCUGGGAAGGCUGGGUCCGGAAAGUCCACUUUGAUGAAGUUUCUCUCGAGGUCCUCGCGGGUAAAGAAAGGAUUAGAGGCCUGGGCUGACGGCCAACCUUUGGUUCUUGUUCAAUUUUUCUUCUGGAACUCUGGUGAUCAGACACAAAUGUCCCUUGAGGGUCUCUAUCGCAGUCUACUCUUUGAAGCAUGUAGACAAAUUCCUAGCUUGAUACCGCUUCUUUUCCCUGAGAUAUGGGGGAGUCCAAACCUUGGGGUAGUGCCGUUCCACUUUGACACAAUCAGAACCGCAUUCGAUUGCUUUAUCAAAGAAGCAAGUGCUUCAAGCACCCAUUUCUGCUUUUUUAUUGACGGCUUAGACGAGUUUCAAGGCGACGAAGUUGAUUAUUGGCGUCUUUCCCGGGAUCUUCAAUCCUGGACAGCUGGCGCGAAAAACGUUAAGCUUUGCGUCAGCAGUCGUCCUCAUAUUCCCUUCGUUCAGUCUUUUGCAAAUCCCCUAAACUCGCAGGUUAGCAUCCACGACCUUACACGUGAGGAUAUUUUUAAUUUCAGUGCAACCAUGUUCGAGAAAGACCCCAACUUCCAUCGCAUCAAAGACACAUACGAGGACCUGGUGAUCGAAGUUGUGGAUUCCAGCGACGGAGUCUUUCUCUGGGCACGGUUGGUUGUACGUUCCCUGCUAAGAAGUAUAGGUUACCAAGACAAUGAGAAGAAUCUGAAAAGACAGCUUAGCUCAAUGCCUAGGGGCUUAGCUGAACUAUUCGAUCAAAUCCUUGGUUCCAUUGACUCAAACGACCAGUGCUUUUCAGACAGACUAUUUCUCCUAACAACCCCAGAUUUUUGUCCCUGGCAGCCAAUUGUACGGAAUGCGAUAUCGUAUUCAUGGCUCGAAGAUCUUGAAGAUGCAGAAUUCCCUUACAAAUGUGCAAUACAGGCCUGCACAGAAGCCGAGAUAGAUGAAAAGCUUGAACGUGUUUCAUGUGCCUUAGAUCGCUUCUCUCAAGGCUUGCUGUUAAUAUCUCGAAGAGGAACGCGUGAAAGUGACGGCCAUGACUAUUUCACUCAUGAGGUACAAUUUCUUCAUCGGAGUGUCCGAGAAUACAUUGUGAACACCAGAGAAGCCCAAAUGCGGCAGCGUAUGCCUGAUUUUGACGUUCCUUCGGCGAUCAUACGGCUCUUGCUCGCAGAAAUGAAAUUUGCAUUACCCACAAAGCAUGACGCCAAACCAAGAACAUGGACAGCUGGAGGUGAAGGCGGCCCUCUUAGACGAAAUCUCCAUAUUUUCUUCACAAUUAUCUCUGCUGCGCAUGAAAAAUGCGGUCAUGUCCCGCGGCCACGAUUCUUCGAGGAGGCUAGUAGUAUUGUUCAGCAUCACGGCAAAUUCGCAGGUUUUCAGCCAGAGAAUGAGCCUGAAAGUGGCGUUCCAGAGCCAAAGGGUCAUCUGUUUGGUCAAAAUUUGCAACGGAUAGGCGACGAAUGGAGCAUACGAAGGGCUUCAAAUCAUCCCCCCGAUUUUCUAUGCGAGGCUUUGAACCGGAAUAUGCAACGCUUUCUUUCGCCUGAUUUGAUGGCUGCUUUAAAGAAGCAGAACUCUAUCUCUGGACCAAAUUUACUUCUUGCGGGCACUCGUCAUUCUAACGACCUAGACUUUAUAAGAGAGCUUUUGCGUGAGGGACGCUCUCCACUAGAGAAAAUUCGAAUGGAGCCAAUUCGUCCCUUUGAUCCUGUUGACAGAGAGAAUUACAAGACGAUAACAGCACCAAAGCCUGAGGUUUCUCUUUGGCUCCUUUUUCUAUAUGGUAUAGUUGAAGAUUACAUUCUGGCCGGCUCGGCUGACAAGGAUGAAAAUGAAACCCUGGAGGAGUUUCUGAAGUGCGACGUGGACUGUGAUGUUUUCUUCAUUGUGAGAAAACUUGACUUGUCUAAACGCAAAAAGAAAGUGGCAGAAAAUGAUAAGGAGCCUGAAGAUUCUAAUGACAGUGUCAAUCCUGAUCAACUAGUGGCAUUUGACCUUAUGGAAUUCCUCGAGUUCAUGAAACCUUUCAACUUGGAAGCGCUUUUGGAGCAACUCUCAAGAAAGCCGGCCCGGCGGGAUAGGUCAGAGGUCAAACAUCAUUCUGGUUUUUCGGUUCCCUACAAACGAGGAUCUCUGGCCAAAACCAUUGACAACAUUGUGGCUGCAAGCGAGAAGCACCGGCACUUUGGGUUUGGGGUCACUCUCUGCGUAGAAAGUGUGAUUAACCCGUAUGAGAGGUUGGAUGUCCCAUUCGCCUUCCGAAUGACUUAG